AUGGCCGAAGAAGAAGAUGAGGAACCGAUCGGUGAAUUGGCUGAAGGACCGGGCAAAGAGUUCGAGAUUUAUUUGAAGAGUGAGGAUAUGGUGGAAAAGUUGAAGCUGCUCAACUACGAGGAGGGAUUUCUCAAGCUGAACAAAGCCUAUCGAGCGAUUCAGCGUCACUAUUUCGUGCGCUCAACAAACGUCGGCGAGCAAUUCUUUUUGUUCACUUCGCUCGCCGCAUGGCUCAUCAGGAAAUGCGGGAAUGAGCAGUUCGAACUGCCGCAAGAGUUUGAUGAUCCAAACACGACAAUCACCAACAUUGUCACGGAAGUUCGCGCAAAGGGUAUCGCCGCCGAUUUCUCAUCAAGUAAACUGAAAUCGGGCUCCGGGGAACAGGUCCUCUUUGUGCUCGACAAAUUGUGCGAUACGGCUCUUGUAAAUACGGGAUUCAGUUGGCAAAAAAUGGUUCCCCCGGUGAACGAGGAUGAGGACAUGAAUGUCGACUCGGAGAAGGACUCCGAUUCUGAGGGGGUUCCCGACGACGAGAUCGACGUUGCAGACGACGAUGACGACAAUGCGAUUCUCGUCGAUCUUGCCGCACCGAUAGGCGCUGAUCGAGCCCCAAAUAAUCCCCAGCAAGACCUUCUCAAAAGCUCGAUCGACGCGCAAUCGUGGAAAACCGAGGUGGAACGAGUGACUCCACAAUUGAAGAUCACCAUUCGACAAGAUGCAAAGGAUUGGCGAAUGCACCUCGAGCAAAUGCACUCGAUGCACACAAAUAUGGAGGAUCUCAUCGCGAUCGUCACUCCACAAUUGGGACAAAUAACAUCCGAACUCGACAAAUCAUUGGAGCGAAUUGAGACUCGAGAGAAAAAUCUCAAUCAACAACUAUCGGGACUAAUCUCAAAAUUUCGACAAUCACAAGACUCACGAGCCGAAGCUGUGCAAAGAUACAAAACGGCUAGCGUUGGUAUAACCGAGAGGGAAUCGACUCUGCAAAGAAUUUCCGAUGAUCUUGAUCAAAUAAAGCAACAGAUCGAAGAGGAGGGGCAGAAAAAUAGUGAUGGAGCACCACUUGUGAAAGUGAAACAAGCCUUGUUGAAAAUCGAAGAAGACAUUCAAAAGAUGAAUGUUCAAAUCGGAGUCCUCGAGCAGGCCCUUCUCAACGCUCAUCUUCGUGAACGGGUCGCGUUCGCACAAGAAGCAUACGGUGCAUAU